AUGGCUGAUGGACCAAGUGGAUUCACAAGAAUCAUAGCCAAUGUCUGCCAAUGUCGGUCCUUGAGGGCCCCUGUCCAGCUUGUUUUUGAAGAGAUGUCAGGAGAGAGUGCCGUGAGUUCGGCGGUGCCGGCAGCUACGACUCGGACCACAUCCUUUAAAGGAUCCAGCCCCAGCUCAAAAUAUGUCAAGUUAAAUGUGGGUGGGGCCCUGUACUACACAACAAUGCAGACUCUGACAAAGCAGGACACCAUGCUCAAAGCUAUGUUCAGUGGCAGGAUGGAGGUCCUCACUGACAGUGAAGGUUGGAUUUUGAUUGAUCGCUGUGGCAAACAUUUUGGAACCAUCCUGAACUACCUGAGAGACGGAGCGGUGCCGUUGCCGGACAGCCGGCGGGAAACAGAAGAGCUGCUUGCAGAAGCCAAGUAUUAUCUUGUCCAAGGCCUUGCUGAUGAAUGCACAGCUGCUCUCCAGAACAAAGAAACAUAUGAACCUCUGUGUAAAGUGCCUCUGAUGACCUCAUCCAAGGAGGAGCAGAAGCUUAUUGCAACUUCAAAUAAGCCUACAGUCAAACUGCUCUACAAUAGAAGCAAUAACAAAUAUUCCUACACCAGCAAUUCCGAUGACAACAUGCUGAAAAAUAUCGAGCUUUUCGACAAGCUGUCGUUGCGGUUCAACGGCCGCGUACUCUUCAUUAAAGACGUGAUCGGGGAUGAGAUCUGCUGCUGGUCCUUCUACGGGCAGGGUCGCAAGAUAGCUGAAGUAUGCUGCACCUCCAUUGUCUAUGCCACCGAAAAGAAGCAGACAAAGGUGGAGUUCCCCGAAGCUCGCAUCUAUGAAGAAACUCUCAAUAUCCUCCUGUACGAAUCCCACGAUGGGAGGGGACCGGAUAACGCUCUGCUGGAGGCAACAGGGGGCGCUGCCGGGCGAUCCCAUCAUCUGGACGAAGACGACGAGCGAGAACGAAUAGAGAGAGUUCGUCGGAUCCACAUUAAACGACCCGAUGAUCGCACGCACCACCACCAGUAA